CUUUGAUGCGCCGCGCGAUCAACACAAGGCGCAGGAAUGGCAGCGCUCCCUUCACCUCUGAGAGUCUGUCGAGGAAUACUGAAAGAGUUACGACUCAUUCAAGGAUCUARUUAUAAGCAGUCGCUAGCUUACAGCUAUGUUAUGGAUCAGUUUCGGAGGAAUAAGGUAACAGGUGAAAGGUACUGCCGUGCCCAGCAGGAGGCGCACCAUGCCUCCCACACGUACCUGUGUCUGCUGGAGUCCACCAGGAUCCACCUGGCUCUGCACAACCUCUACCAUGGCAAGGGAGAGCGCAACCCAGAGGAAGUGGCGGGCUUAGUGGGGCUCAAGUUGCCCACGCAGCCGGGAGGAAAAGGCUGGGAGAAGUGAGGACGUGGGACAGUCCAGCACGAAUAGAAAAAAAAAUCUGGAACUUUUCAUCAACCACUUAUGUGCUGGCCUCAUACAAAUGAUCCUUUAUGUAAUUUAACUCCAAAAUGAAUGAAUAACUAACAGGACUUGUGCAGUUGUAAUGAUUUAAUGUGGAGACAAAUAUGUGACAAAGCCAGGAUUGAAAGGCCAUAUUUUACUGUUCUUUUUGCUUUAAAGCAACAAUUUAAAAGCUAUAACUACAGUAUAUCAUACUUAAGUCAUGUCACACUUUCUCUUAUUAGAGAACAAAUUAAAAAGUUUUCAUAAAUAA